AUGCGAGGGGGCGUGGGGUUGAACUCGAGCUUGUUGAGAUUAGAGAGGGAGAAGGAGGUGGAGGUGAAUGAGGACGAGGAGGAGGAGGAGGAGGAGGAGAGAGGGGGAGGGAAGGAGAAAGGGAAAGCUGGAGGGAGGGAGGGAGGGAGGGAGAUAGGAAGAGAGAUGCGUGUUCUUGUUCUCAUCUCCUGUCUCACGCCUCGCCAAUAUCUACUGCUGCUGCUCCUCCUCCUCCUCCUCCUGCCACUGCCAUUGCCGCUGCCGCUGCCGCUGUCGCUGUCGCUGCCUUUGCGGCUACUGAAACAACGCAAUUAA